UUAUAAAUGUUAUAAAGGUGGCGUUUUGUUGCGUAGAGAAUUCUUUUUAAAAAUGCUUUAAUAAUGCAUUUAGUUCUAAUUAGAUUUAUGUUUAAAAUCAUAUCAAAUUGAUUGUGACUCGAUGUUUCGCAGUCACUGGUCACAGACUUACCGAUAUUGACAUCUCUACUCAGUCGAGAAAUUUUGAUAUACACAAGCUACCAGAUCUGUUCAGUGGCAACGGACAUACGGAUUGUGCACAUAAAAUAACAAUGGAUCAGUAUCUGAGCCGACGAGAGAGCUGCUGGCUCCAUCACCAUAGACACACGGGAGAUGAAAAUUUACUGAUGCGUCGCAUUUACAGCUCUAUGGGCAUGUUCAACAGUUACCAUUCCAAUUGCAAUCCAAGCACCGCUGGGCAGGAUACUGGUGCCAUAUUCAAUCUGGAGUUUAAUGCCGAUGGCACCAUGGUUGUUGCAGCUACUGAGCGAAAGUGCGUUCUCGUCUUUGAUGCAAUCACACAAAAGGAAAUCUUCAAAAUUCCCGAUGCACACACUGACAGUGUCAAUUGCAUUAAGUUUUUCGAUGAUCGUUUGUUUGCCACAGGCUCAGAUGAUUUUACAGUAGCUUUGUGGGAUCUGCGCAACAUGAAGCAAAAGCUGCGCGUUCUUCAUGGUCACUCGAAUUGGGUGAAGAACAUUGAGUACUCGUCCAAGGAUAAGUUGCUUGUUACUUCUGGCUUCGAUGGUAGCAUAUUUACAUGGGACAUCAAAUCGCAGACAGAGCAGGGUUUAAUCUCGCAACGUGUUUUCCAUGCCAGUGGACUUAUGCGUUGCCGCAUCUCACCAGCUGGAGAUAAGUUGGUUUUAUGCACCAGCAGUGGUUACAUUAUGAUAGUACAUCACUUGGAUCUGACUACAUUGCACAAGGAUCUGUGUGGAUUCCGGCCUGGUAUCUACAGGCUUAUGCAGCUGGGCGAUCAGUAUAUACCGCAGGCUGCGAAAUAUGAUCAUGUCUUUUCGAAGUAUCAAAAGAAGAAUCGUGUGGAACUAGUCACUGAUUUUCCAGAGCAAAACGAUGCAGAGAUGAUAAUGGCGCUACAGAUACAUCCACAGUGUCGCUGCAUGCUGACUAGGAAUGUCAGCUGCGAUGAACAGAGCGAAUGGACUUGUAUACAUGAUAUAAACGAGGAGCCCGAACUGAUUGAUGACGACAGCAAUGACGAGGACGAGCCCUUGACUAAGAAGAAGCGCACACUACUUCCCCAAUCCAGUGAAACCGAGCAAGAAGAGCCGGCACAGCGAGGUGUACAAACUCGUUCACAGGUGCGCCGAAUCUUUUACCCACGGCGAGUAAAUGGCACAAUGUCCUUGGUUAGUGCACGCUCCGAUAGUUUCAUACCGGACAUCUGGGCGGCUGAGGUAACGGUGCAGGAGAGAGCUAUACGUCAGAGUCGUGCACGUAACUCUGCCAAUCAUGUUAGCGGUUACAAUUUUGUUUACGCCAUCAGCAGCGGUGUGUUGCCACUGCGCUACUCCUCGGCCAGUCGCUUGCUAAGUGGUGCAGCGCGUACACGCGUUGCUCUGGGUGGGGAUCAGAGUACACAAACCACAGAUUCUGCUGCUGCGGCUACAGAGACAACCGGUAGUCGGAGCAGCAGCACCAGCAGCAGUAGUAGCAGCAGCAGUGCCAGUGCUAGUGGAAGUGGCAAUAGCAAUAAUGACAACGUCGGUCCAGAGCUUGGUGCAGGUUUGCGCAUGAGACCGCUCAGCAACAUCUCAGCUGCAGCUGUGGCAACGGCAAGUGAAAAUGCUGCACAUACCAUAUUAGUGAAUGCCAAAAAGUUACUCUACUAUGCCUCCGAGACGAACAACAAGCCAGGAUUUAUUAAGGAGCCGGGCUUUUCAGCGGAUGGUCGCAUCAUCUGUUCGCCCUAUGCCAAUGGGGUGCGCCUGCUCGGCUACCAGGCUGACUGCAGUGACUAUCCCAGUCAGAUAAUGCUAGAGCAGGUGAAACAUAGUCCACGACAGCUAGUAGAAUUGGCCAACAUUAUUGAGCAUCAGGAUGUAGUGCUCUGCGCCAAGUUCAGUCCACGCGAGCCACUUCUAGUAACUGGAUGCAACAGCGGCGAGGUAGCUUGGUAUCGGCCGUGUCUAUAAAUGACACAACUAAUUUCUAACGUGUACAUUUUUUUUAUUAGCUCUAAAUACAUGUCCUAUUUUCUCGAACCAACAUCAACAACAAUGUAAUUGCCAAUGAACUUUAAUAUCGAGCGAUUACA